CUGUUCCCUUUCUACCUGUUGCGACCACACUGCAGACCAACACCCGUGAGCAGACCACUGCCAGCCCGUCAGCCCAGUGGACAGAGGCAGCCCACCAGCGUAGAGCUUCCCUGCUUCAGCUCAGCGUCUUUCCUACUUCAGCUCAGUGAUCUCCUGCUCCAGCUUCUCCUGAACCUCUUUGACUCGACUCACUUCAGUCUUCUGCUGGGAUCUGACCUGCUGCUUCACAUCAGAGCGUCUUUUCUUGAAGUCCUUUCUGCUGCAGCUGAGACUGUGUCGGGCCUUGAUGUUCAUCCACAGGGCAGAGAUAACUGAUACGCUGCUGAUCAGUACGGCAGAACAUCUUCAUCACCUCAUCAUGACGUGAGCAGAUGUUCUCCUGGAGCUUUGUGGACCACCAGCUUGUGUUUUUUCAAAGUAGGUGAUUCAUGCAGCAACUGGGCAACAGUCUUUCAUAGUCAGAGUUGAAGAUGAAGUCACUCUGUCUUGUAAAAAUGUGAUAGAUGAUAAGGAAGGUCACAGUCGAGGAUGUUGGUCUUUACACCUGCAGACAGUUCAGAUCAGGACAACAACAAGGUGAAGACUCUGCGGUUCAUCUGUCUGUUAUUAACAUGACUGAACAUCAGGACGCUGAUAAGGUGACGUUAACCUGCUCUGUGUUGACAGAUGAACACUGUAGUCACACAGUGGAGUGGCUGUAUGAGGGUAAUAAGAAUGAUUUGACAGACAUGAAGAGAUCACAGCAUUCCUGUUCAGCCACUGUGACAUUUACAACAUCUGACUUUAAUCAGAAGUUGAAGCAUCCUGAGUUGUUUAAAUGUAAAGUUACUGAUAGUUACACUAAAAAAGUGCAGCUGUUUCCCUUCAGCCCUCAGUCCUCAGGUGGGGAUGCAACAACAACAAGAUCAAUAUUGACAACAGCACAAACAACAACAAUGGUGACAACAACAAAACAAGAAUCAAUUACAUCAACAUGGGAAACAAGAAACACAUGGACAUCAGUGAAGAAAACCACAUCAGCAGUCAACAUCUGGACAAGAACUGAAGGGAACAAAACACAGAUGGAUGGAAACAUGGAGCAUAAUGAUGAAGAUGAAGAUGAUGGUACGGUGAACUAUGAAAAUGUUGGAGAGCCUUCUGUCUCAGUCAGACUUCACUGAUCAACAACUUCUGUUU